CUAUAAAAUUAAAACUGUUCUAAAAUAAACAAGAGACUUAAACUUUUAGAUAUCAAGAUCUACUCUUCUUGUAAUACAAGACUUGUAGAAUAUAAUGAUCGUAGUAAAUGUUAUUUUGUUUUUUAUUACUAUUGAGAAAGCAUUCUGUGUCGGAGGUCUCAAAUACUAUGAAACUCUCAGCACCAUUCACGUCUCAAAAAGAAUAAGAAGAAAUGCCAACAAGGAAGAGAUUAUCAAUAAUUUAUCAUUUAAAAUGUUUGACAGAGAUUUUGAUCUUACAUUGACAGCUGGUACAAGCGUUUUAGCCAAGGAUUUCCGAGCUCAGUUGGCCCAUGGUGAUGGUAGUGUAACUCCUCAUCAGUUCGACCAAAGUAAAUUAUUCUCUGGGCAUGAGACUGGUAAGCCAGAUGUUUCAGUCCACGCUUGCAUUGACAAUACAUUGUGGGUUAUAACAAUUUUUGAUGUUAAUGAAACCUAUGCUGUUGAGCCUGCCUAUUAUUUGCUUAAUGCAUCUGAAAAUCCAAAAAAUGACACAAUGAUAGCUUACAGGAGUUCUGAUUUUGUAGACGAUGAGCCACAAUGUGGCGCAAAAGACUCAUCAAACAUAUUGAGACAGCAUUCAAGUGCUAAGUAUGGUUUUAUGGACGGCUCGAAAAAUAGAACAACCAUUGGAGUAUAUGUUUAUGUGACCCAUUUUUCUGUGUGUAUUUUAAUGAUUGAUUUUCAAGCAUUUACAAUAAAUUGUUUUCCAGAUUCACACCCUAAACAUAAAAGAUCUCUAGAUAAUCACCACUGUCAUAUGAUGCUUGUUGGAGACUAUGAUUUCUAUUCUAAGCGUUGUAAUAAAAACCAUGUUGCCUGCAUGACCAUAAUGGUUCAUUUCCUUAGUGUAGCUGAUUCAAUUUUCAAGACUUCCACGUUUGAAGAUGACAACACUUUUACAAAUAUUGGACUGAAAAUUGGAAUGCUGCUACUGCUCACAUCUUACUCUGAUGAUCAGAGCCCUGACUCAUUUAAUCGCCAAGGUCAAAAAUGGGACUCUGAAACAAAACUGACUGUAAACCUAGCAAAUCAUUUGGCUGAUGAACUUGAGAUUCUAUAUUUCAUGACCUCGGCUUAUGAAGGAAUGAUGCUCAGACGCUCUCAUCAAAUAGCUUAA